AUACUAUGUUAAUAGCCGUCAAACGUGAGAUAUGAAUGGAUGAGUGAAUAGAGAGUCCAAUAGAGUAGUGAUUAGUAUUAAUAGUACUAAUAAUACAAUAUUAAUAUCAUAUGAUUUGAUUAGUGAUUAGUUAACAAUAAUUUGAUUGAUUGACUCAUUAAUGUUAACAUCGAUUCAAUUGUUUGAUUGAUUUCAAACAUAUGACAACCGCUUUGUUGGCAAACAUUGAUUGUGUGAUUGGUUUGGGAAGUGAUUGCUAAACAAGACUUGAAUGACAUCACAAUUAACUGAUUGAUUGAUAAGACAUUCAACACAUAAACAAUAAACCAUGUUAUCGAUGAUUAUGAUGUCUAUAGACAUGAAAUGGGAGCUGAAAGAGAUGAUGGACUCAUUGAUAUCGGCGCCCAAAUACCACUUGGCUCUCGAGGGAUGUCUUCUAAUGUGUCUUUUAUGGCUUAUUUUUCAUAAGAGCUAUAAACCGGAGGCAUCCAAACUAACAGAAAAAGAAAAAGAAGACCUGAUAAAUGAGUGGACACCCGAACCAUUAGUUCCCGAAACACCGGCAGAUCAUUACGCAUUGAAUCCAAGAAUAGUGACCUCGAAAUUAGGAAAACGUAUUGUAGUGGACGGUACGGAUUGUCUCAAUCUGGCCACUCAUAACUACUUGGGAUUUGUUGAGAAUGACCGCUGCAUUGAGUCGGCUAUCAAAGGUCUCCGCAAGUAUGGCGUCGGUUCGUGUGGUCCGCGAGGUUUCUAUGGAACUGUUGACAUUCACUUGGAGUUGGAGUCGAGAUUAGCUAAAUUUAUGGGCGUCGAGGAGGCCGUCCUUUAUUCCUAUGGCUUCUCUGCCAUUUCCAGUGCUAUUCCCGCCUAUUCUAAAGUUGGAGAUCUUAUCUUUGUUGAUGAAGGCGUCAACUUUGCAAUACAACAGGGAUUGCUUGCCUCCCGAAGCAAAAUUAAGUUCUUUAAACAUAAUGAUGUCGAAGAUCUGCAUCGACUUCUUUCAGAACAAGCGGACAUCGAUCGUAAAAAUCCCAAGAAAGCGAAAGUGACCCGACGUUUCCUUGUUGUUGAAGGUCUUUAUAUUAAUUAUGGCGAUAUCUGUCCAUUACCUCAAAUUCUUGAAUUGAAAAAGAAGUAUAAGGUUCGCAUGUUUAUUGACGACACCUGUGGUUUUGGAGUUCUUGGCGCUAAUGGCCGCGGAGUUGUUGAGCAUUUUGGUGUUGAUGUUGCAGAUAUUGAUAUGAUUUGUGCCACUUUAGAGAAUUCAAUGGCCGCUUAUGGAGGUUUCUGUUGUGGCACCAGCUUUAUUGUCGAUCAUCAACGCUUAUCAGGUCUUGGAUAUUGUUUUUCAGCCUCUUUGCCUCCAUUACAAGCAGCAGUUGCCUUGUCAUCACUCGACACCAUUGAAAGAGACAAUUCUGUCAUUGAAAAGUUGCGACAAAAUUGCCAAAUCAUGCAUUCGCUACUGAAAAACAUUCCGCAUAUUGCUGUGUUUGGUCAAACCAUAUCACCCGUAAAGCAUUUAAGAUUUGCCAAUCAAAACGGUGACCACAAACUGGUGACUCACAAAUUGGAGAAAGUAGUCACUUAUGCACAAGAAAGAGGUUAUGCGCUAACAGUGUCCCGAUAUUUGGAUCAAAGCGAACAUCUACUUCCAGAACCAAGUAUUCGCCUUAUAGUGAAUGCAAUUCUCACUGAACAAGAAAUGAAAGCAUCAGCUCUAAUGAUCGGUCAAUCAUUUGAAUUUGUUUUAAAUUGAUAUUAAUUUUAAUUAUUAAUAUAUUUUUGAUAUAAUAAUCGGUGAUAGAUUUAUAGGCCAUACCAUAAGUCAUAUUUAUUGUUAUACAGUAUAAAAAAAUAAUUGAAAUCACAAAAGGGUUUACAAAGGAUUUUACAAAUAAUGAAACAUAUAUUUGCAAUAAUAUUAAAAUAUAAUCAAAUAAACAAUGCUUAAGAAUCAAUAA